AUGACGACGUGUAUUCGUACUCAUUUAUUACUCAUCUAUUAUAUAUUUAAUAAAAAAAAAAUAAUUCCAUAUCAAGGUAAUUGGGUGUUUGUGUUUCGACCAGAUUUUUGGGGCACCACUCUAUACUUUUGUGGCUUUACAUGGAAGAAUCAGUAUCACAGGUUUGAUAUUUAUGUUCAAAAUAGAGAUUAUCCUAAAUGUUCUAAAGAUUGUGUGUGGCACAUAAAACCAAAUGGUCCCUGCAUGCUCAAUUAUGAUACUGCCAAAUUUGAUAUAUGUUAUUCCUGGGAUAAAGAAUUGUGA